CAGCCAGUGUUCAGUAGAGUUUUGGUCAUGUCUGGACUGUUGGGUGUUCAACAACUGCUGCUAUGUUGCUGCGCCUGCCUCUGGCUGCCCAGCAUGGUCUGGGGGGCUCUGGUCAUCUCCCGGGACCAUGUAACUGUGCAGGACACAAGAGGAGCUGCCAGAUCACUGCAGAAAAGAAGUACAAAUGAUGGCAAGGUAGAGCUGUACAGUGUGACAGUGGACUGCACUGUGACGUCUCGUUUCGCUCACACUGUCAUGACUUCGAAGGCUUUGAAUAAAGCAAGCGCUGCACAGGAAAUUUUUUUUGAAGUGGAGCUUCCAAAGACCGCCUUCAUCACCAACUUCAGCAUGGAAAUAGAUGGUCAGGAGUAUGUUGGAGAGGUGAAGGAGAAAGAGAAAGCCAAGAAACAGUAUGAGAAGGCUGUUUCCUCAGGACAGACUGCUGGACUGGUCAAGGCUUCUGGAAGAAAGAUGGAGAAGUUUUCAGUGUCGGUCAACAUUGCAUCUCAAAGUAACGUGAGUUUCAUUCUGACCUAUGAGGAGCUCCUUCAGAGGAAACUGGGCCAGUAUGAGAUUCUGACCCGAGUUAAACCCAAACAACCAGUCCAGGAAUUUCAGAUUGUGGCAAACAUCUUCGAGCCUCAAGGCAUUGCAUAUGUUGAUGCUCAAGCAAACUUCCUCUCCAAUGAUCUGCUCCCCCUGGUGGAGAAAACUGUCACAGAAAAAAAGGCACACAUCUCUUUUUCACCAACUAUGGACCAGCAGAGGAAAUGUCCAGGUUGUGAUGAGACACUGAUCGAUGGAGAUUUCAUCAUCAAGUAUGAUGUGAACCGUGCAAAGGACCUCGGAGACAUUCAGCUUGUGAACGGAUACUUUGUGCACUUCUUUGCUCCACCUGACCUACCCAGAGUCCCAAAGAAUGUGGUUUUUGUGAUUGACAAGAGCGGUUCAAUGAGUGGAACAAAGAUACGCCAGACCCGAGAGGCACUAUUGGCCAUCCUCCAAGAUCUCCACGAGGAGGACCACUUUGCCUUUAUCCAGUUUAACAGUGACAUCAGUCCUUGGAAGGAAUCACUCACCAAAGCAACCAAAGAAAAUGUGGCUGAUGCCAUGGUCUAUGUCAGAGGGAUAAGAGACAAUGGAGGAACUAAUAUCAAUGAUGCUGUGUUGCGAGGUGUGGACAUGAUUUUGCAAGACAGACAGGAGGACAGGCUCCCAAAAGGGAGCGUUGACAUGAUUAUUUUACUGACUGAUGGAAUGCCAAAUUCUGGUGAGUCCAGAAUCCCGAAGAUCCAGGAGAAUGUGCGUUCUGCUAUUGGCGGGAACAUGUCUCUGUUCUGUCUUGGAUUUGGAAAUGAUGUGGAUUACUCCUUCCUGGAUGUGAUGAGCAAACAAAACAAGGGACUGGCCCGCAGAAUCUAUGAGGGCUCAGAUGCAACCCUUCAACUCCAGGGUUUCUAUGAUGAGGUGUCCAGCCCUCUGCUUUCAGAAGUAGACUUACGUUACCCCGACAACACAGUGGACUUCGUGACCACAAACCACUUCAGCCAGUUGUUUAACGGCUCAGAGAUCGUGGUGGCCGGUCGGCUGAUAGACAACGAUCUGGACAACUUCAUGGUGGAAGUGUUCGGCCAGGGGUUUGAGGAGGACUUCCAGGUGCAGGGCCAGGCCAGUGCUCUGGAGUGGGAUGUGAUGUACCCAGACGAGGAGUACAUCUUUGGUGAUUUCACAGAGCGCCUGUGGGCCUACCUCACCAUCCAGCAGCUACUGGAGCUGAGCAAGACUGGUACCCCUGACGAGAAAACCAACGCCACAGCCAAGGCCCUGGACAUGUCACUGCAGUACAGCUUCGUUACCCCUCUCACGUCCAUGGUGGUCACCAAGCCUGACACUGAGGACGGCCCAGAAAGCCCUCUCAUUGCUGAUAAGCUGACUGAGGAGCAAAGACAACUGGCAGAGAGAGUAGCUUAUCGCUACCCAUCAUAUGCUGCUGCCCCACCCACAUAUUUUGUGGACGGAGAUCCUCAUUUCAUGAUAGAGCUGCCAGACAGAGAUGAUGCUUUGUGCUUCAACAUCAACGAUAGACCAGGAACCAUUUUCAACCUGGUCAGAGACCCAGCAUCAGGCAUUUUAGUGAAUGGCGAGAUCAUCGGGGACAAGCAAAUCCCACCCGAUGGUAAAAUUAACACCUACUUUUGGCGUUUUGGCAUCAUCCACCAGAAGCUGGGUGUGAGACUGGAGGUGAGCACACAGGACAUCACAGCGUUUCAGGAUGGCAAACGGGUCAAGCUGCUGUGGUCUGAUACAGCCUCCCUCAAAGGAGCCAAUGUGGAUCUUCACUUGACCAAGGAUCGUAGUCUAAUGAUAACUCUAAGAGGUUCUGUCAAGUUUGUGAUCCUGCUGCACAAAGUAUGGGCGAAGCACCCAUACCACCGGGACUACCUGGGUUUCUACACACUGGACAGUCACCUCCUGUCUCCCUCUGUUCACGGUCUACUAGGUCAGUUUUACAAGGGGAUUGAAUACGAGGUCUCAGACUUGCGUCCAGGUGAAGUCCUAGAGAAACCAGAUGCCACCAUGUUUGUGAAAGGACAGGAGCUCAAUGUGACCAGAGGCUGGCAGAGAGACUUCAGGAGGGACGUGAAGAACGGAGAAAAUGUUCCCUGCUGGUUCAUUCACAGUAAUGGAACAGGCCUCAUCGACGGAGAGGCUUCAGACUACAUUAUGUCUGGCCUUUUCAAAAGAUUUUAAAGUCAGUCUUAUCACUGUUGUUCCCAUGAAUCACCACUCAAAUUCAUACAAUAAAACAUACUUAAAAUAAAAUCUGCCCACAUCUUAACAGACUAAGUUCAUAGCAUUGUGUAGAGAAUUUAAUUUUAGUCUUGGAUUAUAAGAGGUGUAACUAACACUAUCUCAAAACUGAAAUAAAUAAAUGUUCUUAAUAAUAAAUAUAAUAAUAAAAACAAGAGUUCUUAAAAAAUGAA